AUGACUCCUCCUGAUGGCCUGGCAGAGGCUGUAAACGAUAAAUCAGACAUUUCUCUGCUGUUGAAGGCUGAUGGCAGACGCUGGUCUCUGGCCUCUCUUCCCUCCUCUGGAUAUGGGACCAACACACCCAGCUCAACGUCUUCCAGCUCGUCUCAGGAGCGGCUGCAUCAGUUGCCGUUCCAGCCCACACUGGACGAGCUGCACUUCCUGUCCAAACACUUUGGCAGCACUGAGAGCAUCACUGACGACGACGGCCGGAGAUCACCGCAUGUGCGGCCGCGCUCGCGGAGUCUGAGUCCAGGGCGAUCACCUUCCUGUUACGAUAAUGAGAUUGUUAUGAUGAACCAUGUUUAUAAGGAGCGGUUCCCUAAGGCCACGGCUCAGAUGGAGGAGCGCUUGGCUGAGUUCAUCGAGUCGUACUCACCUGAGAACGUGCUGCCGCUGGCUGAUGGGGUCCUCAGCUUCAUCCACCACCAGAUCGCAGAGCUGUCCCGAAACUGCCUGACCAAAUCUCGAGAAGGCCUCAUCACCACCGUCUACUUCUAUGAGCUGCAGGAAAACCUGGAGAAGCUGCUGCAUGAAGCUUAUGAGCGAUCAGAGAGCUCGGAGCUGACCUUCAUCAUAGAGCUGGUGAAGAAACUCUUCAUCAUCAUCUCCCGCCCUGCCCGACUGCUUGAAUGUCUGGAGUUUAACCCUGAAGAGUUCUACCACCUACUGGAGGCAGCAGAAGACCACGCUAAAGAGGGCCAGCUAAUGAAAGCAGACAUCCCGCGAUACAUCAUCAGCCAGCUCGGCCUGACCAGAGACCCUCUGGAAGAAAUGGUGAAUUUGGAAAGUUAUGACAGCGAGGGACCCCACACGCCGGAGACGGACGACUCUGCUGAAGGGAAGCUCAAAGCCAUCAAACCGCCCUGUGAAUCAGACUUCCAGACUAUCAAACUCAUCAGCAACGGAGCGUAUGGAGCUGUGUAUUUAGUCAGACACAGAGAGACGCGGCAGCGCUUUGCUAUGAAGAAGAUCAACAAACAAAACCUGAUCCUGCGGAACCAGAUCCAGCAGGCGUUCGUGGAGCGGGACAUCCUGACCUUCGCCGAGAACCCCUUUGUGGUCAGCAUGUUCUGCUCUUUUGAGACACGCCGUCACCUGUGCAUGGUUAUGGAGUACGUGGAGGGUGGUGACUGUGCAACCCUGCUGAAAAAUAUCGGAGCCCUUCCUGUGGAAAUGGCCCGGAUGUACUUUGCUGAAACAGUUUUAGCACUGGAGUACAUUCAUAAUUAUGGCAUCGUACACCGAGACCUGAAACCAGACAAUCUGUUGAUCACGUCGAUGGGCCACAUUAAGCUGACGGAUUUUGGCUUGUCAAAGAUGGGGCUCAUGAAUCUCACCACUAACCUGUACGAGGGACACAUCGAGAAGGAUGCCAGGGAGUUCCUGGACAAACAGGUGUGUGGCACGCCGGAGUAUAUCGCCCCGGAGGUCAUUCUCAGGCAGGGCUAUGGGAAACCAGUGGACUGGUGGGCCAUGGGCAUCAUCCUCUACGAAUUCCUAGUGGGCUGUGUGCCGUUCUUCGGAGACACGACUGAAGAGCUCUUUGGUCAGGUGAUCACAGAUGAUAUUGAGUGGCCUGUGGGAGAUGAGGCGCUGCCUAGUGAAGCUCAGAGCCUGAUUUCCGCCCUGCUGCAAACCAACCCACUAGUGCGACUGGGCACAGGUGGAGCAUUUGAAGUGAAGCAGCACUCGUUUUUCUCGGGAUUGGACUGGAAUGGUUUACUCCGACAGAAGGCCGAGUUCAUCCCUCAUCUAGAGUCUGAGGAGGACACCAGCUAUUUCGACACGCGGUCAGAGCGUUAUCGGCACAUCAACUCCUAUGACGAGGACGACACCAACGACGAUGAGCCAGUAGAGAUAAGACAGUUCUCCUCUUGCUCGCCGCGCUUCAGCAAGGUGUAUAGCAGCAUGGAGCACCUGUCCCAGCUGGAGCAGAAGACCCCUGUAGUCACCCGUCGAGAGCACAAAGGUCGCCGCGAUGACAAGAUGGCCAAGCGGGAGAGUCUGGGAAGCUUCACUAUGAGGGACAAGAGCUGGAGGACGGGCUCACCUGAGAUGAAGCGUCUAUCAUGCUCUGAGUCUCUGUAUAUGGAGGGAGACUGCAGUCCUCCGAUGGGCGCCCGGCGCCGUUUUUCAGCCCUGAUGGACACGCACCGGUUUGCCGCUCCUCAAGAGGGCGAUGGAGAGCUCUCCGAAAAACAGGGUGCCGUUAAAGCCCCGGGAUCAUCAUUAGAGGGAGCCAUUGCUCCACCAUUGCCCAGUGCUAAUGAACAGAGGAACGGUGCAAAGGAAGUGAUGUCAGCUAGUAAAGCCCCAGACAAGCCAUUGAGACCAGGUGAGAUAUCAGCACCACAGGCCAUACCAUCUACAGGAGCCAUAGCAGUGAUCGGUAGGGACGUGGUCAUGGGUGACACUGUCGGACAGCGAGCGACCAAGGAUCUGGUGCUUCGGCAAGCACGUCAUCAGCAGCUGUCAAGCGAUGGGGAGAAACGCAGCUCACGUCCCGGCAACAAGGUCAUCAAAUCUGCAUCUGCCACCGCAUUGUCUGUCAUCAUACCUGGAGUUGAGCAGCACGGUAGCUCUCCACUGGCCAGUCCAAUGUCCCCACGCUCUCUCUCGUCCAACCCCUCAUCGCGAGACUCGUCUCCCAGCCGUGAUUACUGCCCUGCAGUAACAGUUCUUCGUUCACCAAUUACCAUCCAUCGCUCUGGCAAAAAAUAUGGGUUCACUCUCCGUGCCAUUCGGGUCUACAUGGGAGACACUGACGUCUUCAGUGUGCACCACAUAGUCUGGCAUGUGGAGGAUGGAGGCCCUGCUCAGGAGGCGGGACUAUGUGCUGGUGACCUCAUCACUCACGUCAAUGGUGAAUCUGUGCAUGGAUUGGUCCAUACCGAGGUGGUAGAGCUUAUACUUAAGAGUGGAAACAAGGUGACUGUGACCACAACACCUUUUGAGAACACGUCCAUAAAAGUGGGACCAGCACGCAAGUCCAGUUACAAGGCCAAGAUGGCUAGACGCAGUAAGAGGACGGUCAAAGAGGGACAGGAAAGUAAGAGGCGUGGGUCUUUGUUCCGCAAAAUAACUAAGCAAAAUAAUAAGCAAUCCAACCUGCUGUCAUCUCUGAACCGAUCCCUGUCAUCCAGCGAUAGUCUUCCUGGCUCUCCGACACACAGCCUGUCCGGUCACUCCCCUACCCAGAGCUACCGCUCAACCCCUGAGUCAUCCUACCUUGGUGCCUCCUCCCAGAGCAGUUCUCCUGCCUCCAGUACCCCAAAUUCCCCCGCAACAACCCAGCAUAUGAGACCCAGCUCCCUGCACGGACUUUCCCCCAAACUACACCGCCAAUACCGUUCAGCCCGCUGCAAGUCAGCGGGCAACAUUCCUUUGUCUCCAUUGGCUCAUACACCAUCCCCAACUCAGUCCUCGCCACCUCCUUUGCCUGGGCACACAGUCGGAAGCUCCAACACCACCCAAACCUUUCCUGCCAAACUACAUUCAUCUCCACCAAUCAUAAGGCCUAGACCCAAGAGUGCCGAGCCACCCAGAUCACCACUACUCAAAAGAGUGCAGUCAGCAGAGAAACUCGGGUCACCGCUUUCAUCUUCAUCCGAGAAGAAAGGUGGGAUCGGGGUGAUGAGGAAACACAGUUUGGAGGUCAUACAUUCGGAUUAUCGUAAGGAUGGUUUCCACUGUGAGCUUGGCCUCCAGAGCUUGGUGGAAAUUGAGGGUGAGAAUCUGGCAUCUGCCCCAACAACUUCUCCUUCACCCACUCAACCGACCCCAUCACUGCCUGUUCUGAAGCCAGUAAGGAAGCUAGGCAGGCAGGAGUCACCUUUGAGUAGAGAUGCUUUGCUUGCUGGAAGAGAAAGGGAUCGAGACAAGGAGAGGAUUGGUGAACCAAGUCAUCCUAGUGAGCCUAAACCAGGGGUGGUCAAAGAAACACUCCCUCCUGGUGGCAUUAUUCCACCUGGAAGUAAGAAAUCUCCAAGUGUUGAAGCAUCUCAGCGGCCUCCUUCCACUCUACAGGAAAGUUGCCUAGCCAAGCCUCAGACUUGGCAGCCUCCAUUGACCAAGUCUUCUCCGGUAGCAUCAGAGUCCACGCCUUGUGUAGGCACCUCCAUUCCAUCACCCCUGACUACAGCAUCUUCCCCAUCUGCCAAAACAACAGAUCCAAGUUUCGUCAAGGAAGCGGGAAAGGAUGACCAAGGAAGUCUUACAAAAGUUGCCCAAAGCCAGGCAAUAGGAACCAGUAAACCUUCAUGCUCUGCAAGUGUAUCAGGUGUUAUCAGCAAAGACUUGUCGGAGAAGGAAAGGGGAAAGGAUACUGGGAAGAAAGAGGUAAAACUAGAUUUUGGGAAGACUUCAGCUUCAGUCAUGCCAAGUAUGCCAUGCAGUGCUCCUGGGAAGACAACAAGCACAGAGGUAACCAAAGCAAGUAAGGGACCAGGUGACGGAGAGGGUCUCAAAAAGAGCGUCUUAGAUUCCCAUACCAGAACUUUAGAUGUCAGGGCGAGGACUGCUCCAUCCAAAGGGAUUGUCCCAUCUCACCCACCCCAGGCGCAGUGCUCUGCUUUGGGAAAACUUAGGCAGGAUAAGGGCUUAGCUCCGGUCAGCUGCUACCGGGGAACAUUGGGUUGGGAGGACAAAUGUCUCUUGGAGGUUGUUGAGGAACACUCUCCAUCCUCCACUCCUUCUCCAACUGGAGUGCCUCCUGAUCUGCCCAAAACUCAACUUCAAUCUCCUGGUGAGAAAUCUGGUUCGGCUGCACAGUUGACAAGCACAGGGAAAUCUAUAGGGCCUGUUAAAGGUGGAACUCAGGAGGGGCCCAAGGCCAAAGAUAUCACCAAAUCGUUAGAGGUCACCCAGGCAUGUGCUCAAGGAAGACCUGAUCCUGCUUCUGAGAGUAGACCAAUUUCCAAAGCAGAUGGUCAGAGUCCUACUAGCACCUCCCCGCAGGUGAAGACUGUCAUUACUCCUAAGAAUGGCUCUUGAUCGUGUGCUAGUUGAAAAAAUAAUUGCCUUUAUUGAGGGUUUAGCGGAAUUCAAUGUUUUUGAGCACUUAGAAAUUUAGGGACAUUCCAGCCAGUGAAAAAAAAAAGACUAAAUCAUAUUACACUGAACAAAGGACAACAACUCCAAGGUUAUUUUACAGGCUGUUAUCUAUUGUACACGCAGAGCUGCAUCAGAAAAAGAGUAUAGAUGUAUUAUAUUAGAAUGCGUGUUGGGUGUUUGUGUGUGCGAGGAGGUGAAUGGGUGCAUGUUUCGUGGUGCUUGUUCAACAAGGUGAAAAAUCGACAAGUGCAAAGUGCUUUAACAGAUCAAACAAUGCUGAAUACUGUGAACACCAAAACAAUGUUCCUACAUUUUCUAAGGUGACCAACCACAUAAUUUCCUUAAACACAAAACCUGAAAAGAAUUUGCUCAAGGUAACAGCUUAUCAAGUUUUUGGCAGAGACAGAAUGUAAUCAAGGACACAUUGCUUCAAUUGCUGUAUUUGUUUUGGCUUAUUACAUGAUUCAGGAGUUUCUAAUCAGGUUUAGCAUAUCCAUUAAUAGAUAGUACAUACUGCCUUAGCCAUAAGGAGAAUGUCGGCACAAAUAGCCUUGUGGGCAGCACGCUGACAUGUAUAGCCAUUGCGCUUCGGGGGUCCUGCGUUUGAAUCCCAGCUCGCGGACCUUUCCCAACCCCCCCCCCCUCUCUCUCCCACUUCCUGUCCUAUCGAAAUAAAAGGCAUAAAAAUGCCAAAAAUAAAGCCAUGAGGAGGAUGCUGGCUAAACCAUAGAUUCAUUCAAAUUCCCUCUUAACCAAAUCUCUCAUCAUACUGAAUUAAGACUGUCGAAACUGUUGACAUUUUGUCGAUUUUGUUGAUCGCUGCCUUCUGGGGUAAAUAUCUUAGGCCCUUUAUGGCAAACUGGUGCAUUCGGUAUCCACUUUUGAAUGGGGAAAGUCUAAAACUUGUUAAAUCAAUACAAUCAACUUUGCUAUUAAUUCUCAAAUCAAACUAACUAAACUAAAAAGACAAUGUUGUUCCUCCAAGACAACCGUUGGUCUUACCAUAGAAGAAGACAGUUCCUUAGUAUGCAUUGGCAAGCAGGCGCCUCUAUGUUUGCAUAAUUGCCAAGAGUAUGUUUCUAGCCUUACAGUGUCUCUGUAAAUAAGUUUACAGGCAAAUUUGAAUCAUACUCACAAGUAGGUCAGUGCUAUCCACAGCUCUUGACACGGGCUGGUGCAUCUUUACUCUCUUCUGUGCUACUGAAUUCUCUUUAAAAGUGAUCGUUGACCUCACUGUGACUCUAGCGCUCAAGUCUCAUGUUCGCUACCUGAAUAAUAGUUCUUCAACCAUGGGGGUUUGCAAUAGUAAGGGGUCAAGGUUUGACUGGUUAGCAUGCCCCGGUUAUCCCCUGCUGGUAGAUGUCAUAACUACACCAUCUGGCUGCAAAGCGAGCAUUGACAGCUAUUUAAAAGUAUCCGUGUAUUGAAAUGAAUGCUAAUGCAUUUUGAAAAUCAGUAAUAUGAGAGAAGUGGUUAAGGUUUUGAACAUCUUUGCAUCUUUGCAGUGGAGAAGUGACUAUUAAAAUGUGAGAUCAUAAACUAAAAACCUUAUGGAUUUAAGUGCUAAAUGCAUAUCAACAAUUUUAGAUGGCAUCCUUCAUGAGCAUCGUCGUAACACAGGUCUUGAUUACAGAGAUUGUUGGAUCAGCACAUUUAAGAUGAUUGUUGGAAAGUGAAGGAGGAUUGUAUGGUAAAUAUAUACUAUAGUUACUCAAGCAUCAGUUAAUGUCACUGUUGUCAUGGCAACUUGGAGCUGGUGUAGCCUGCCGUCUGUUGGCGUUUCUCUGUGUGAUCUGAAUGUUGUUCACUAACAUGCAAUGAAAAUGUCACUAACAUUUGUUCUAAAGUAACUCUGUUUUCACUUAAGCAUAUGCAAAACAAAUGUUUGUAGGGAUGCGACUGAUGCUUUUUUGCAGCGUUUGUUCUUUUGCCAUUUCCAGUGAAACAUCACUAGGAAACGGUUGUGAAGAUGAACAGUGGUUUACUACAGUAACCAUAGUUUAUCUAUGGUAUUAGUAGUAAAACAUAGUAAAGAAAUGGUAUAAAACAGUAAUAAACUAAGUAGUAUAAAUUGUAUUUGUCUCAGUAUUAUCAAUUUCAUAAUUAUGUAAGCAAAUUAAAAAAACGGACUGCAAAGGUUUGUGCUUUCAAAAGACUCACAAAACUGCACAUCUUAGACAUUUUCAGUCAUUUGUCAGAUUUUGACACAUUAUUUUGUGAACAUUUUUUGUUUCAUUUAAAUUUAUUUAUUUAUUAAUUCUGUGUAUAAGCAUAUUGCAUAAAUAUGCAUAUGAGCAUAUCGCUAAAUAUAAUACAAAUAUACAUCAUGAUGACUGAUUUGAAGCGUGGCAGGAAUAGAUGGAGUUAUGCUGCCGUCUGAUGGCUAACAGGAACACUGUCACUAUUUUACACCCUAUAUUGCAAUCAGUGACAAGACCAAGAGUGCUUUAUUUAUUUGUAUUUCAUAGUACCGUACAGAGGUAUUGAUUUACUGUAGCAUGAUGAUGCCUUUGGAUAGUCAUUUAGAUAUCUAUUAUUCCUUCCGUAAAUGUAUUCUGACGCUGUUUAUCUCUCAAGCAGCUCUGUCAUCUGAAAUAUCUUUUGCUGUUUCAUAUCUGGCUCCAGUGUUAGUGAGAUUUUUUUAUAUCUAUUAAAAACAUUUAUUUAUUGUAGUAUACAGAACCAAUAUAUCAGAGAGUUAUUUGGAUGUAUCAGUGAAAUGGAGAAGUGACGACAACAUAUGCACAAAAUAAUGUAAAGAUUUUGGGUGAAUGUGUUAAUGUAUCUGAUGCUAUGUUUGUAACACACCAUUCUCGUCAUAUUCGGCCCUUUCCCGUGCAUGAACUCUCAGUUGUGGUUAAAGGCAACUAACACUUCACUGGCCUGAAUGUUUCCACUUUAUAUCAUGUGACUGUUAUAGCUGAUCGAAUACGAGACUAAUGUUUUAUAAUGUUCACUUAAUCUGUACUGUAAAGCCCUUUGUCUUAUUCGAUUCUGAAUGGUUUGAUUUACACUGCAGUGUGAACUGAAAAACAAGAAUCCACACAUAUUAAAAAUAUGCUGUCCACUCGUAUGUAUCCGAAUAUAUUCUUAUGUGUUUGUGUUUAUGUGGCCAUAUUUGCGAAUA